CUCUUUUUAUUUUUAUUUUUUUCUGCUUGUGGUAUCUGCAGCCUCGUUGUGGCCUCUGCGUAUCUCAUCGUCAUCGAUCUGCUCUCUUCCUUCUAAAACUCUUCGUUUGUGCUCAUUCUCUGAUUUGCUUCGCUCUCCACUAACCUCUUCCUUCUCCAAGAUCACAGCUCUCAGUUUUUAUAUUUCGUUUUCCUUUCUCAGCCUUUCUGUGUAAACUGCCAUUUUUUUGUUUGUUUUUUUGUUUUUUGUACUUGAACAUGAUUGAACAGAACUAGAGAUAUGUAUAGGGAUAUGUGUGUAUAGAUUUGAGAAGUAGAGGUUUUGGUUUCUGUGGAGAGUUGACCCGGGCUCGACGAGUGCUCGGGGAGGAAGGUUAGAUCCGUAUGAACAUGGAAACUUAUUGUUCCGUUGGCAAACCCGACCCGAAUUCUAGCUACUUGCAGAAAUUCCGACUAUACGAAACUCGUUCGAAUUUUUAUAUGAUAGGAAGAGACAAGAACAGAACCUUUUGGAGGGUCUUGAAGAUUGACCGCUUAGAACCAUCUGAGCUGUACAUUCUCGAAGAUUCUACAAUAUACUCAGAAAGUGAAUGCUGUGACCUGCUAAGGCGAAUACAUGAAGGGAAUAAAUCAAGCGGUGGACUUAGAUUUGUUACUACUUGCUAUGGAAUAGUUGGUUUCAUUAAAUUUUUGGGACCUUAUUACAUGUUGCUGAUUACAAAAAGAAGGAAAAUUGGCUCAAUUUGCAGCCAUGCAGUAUAUGCCAUCACCAAGAGCGAGAUGAUUCCUAUUCCAAAUUCUUCUGUGCUGUCCAGUAUGACUAAUUCUAAGAACGAGAACAGGUCUUUUGUCCAUUCUGCAUGUAAAUGUAACAUGUACCAAUACUUUUAAAAGAGACCUAUGAGAUUAGUUAUCUAAAUUGUGCAAUCUUUGAGUUGUACUUAGAUGAAGAUUUUUUUCAUGGUAGUUGUUUUGUUCCUCAUUAAUUACUUGGACAAAUAGUCUGAGUUGGCAUCAUCUAUUAGAAGUAGACAUGUACAACACUGUGGAGGUAAUCUUUGUACUUUUUUGUCAACAGACCCUUCAGUGUUAAUUAAUGAUGUGGGCUUCUCUAAUUCAAACUCAUUUGAGUUCUUCUGGUGAUAUAGUUUUAUUCUUUUUCUUUUAUCCCUUUUCUAGAUGGAACUAGUUGAGGAUAUAUUUUCAAUAUGCAAUUUUAAAUAUUACUGUUGCGUCCUCCUUAGUUGAUAAUUCUGUGUAGUGGCUAUUGCCAGUUCAUUUAUUGCAUAUGUACAGGGGCAGUCUUCAUUGCUGUUGUGAUGAUGUUAAUAUAACUUGUUGAAGUUGAAUGAGAGAAGAUACAAGAAGCUCUUAUGCACGGUGGACCUUACAAGGGACUUCUUUUUCAGCUACUCAUAUAAUGUCAUGCAUUGUCUUCAAAAGAAUUUAUAUAAUGAGAUAGGGAAAGCUCACUAUGAAACAAUGUUUGUUUGGAAUGAUUUCUUAACUCAAGGAAUCCGGAAUAACCUCAAGAAUACUCUAUGGACAGUGGCAUUAGUAUAUGGCUUCUUUAAACAGGUGAAACUUUCGGCUUCUGGUAGGGACUUUAAGUUGACUCUAAUUGCUAGACGUUCACGGCAUUAUGCUGGCACAAGAUAUUUAAAACGUGGAGUGAAUGAGAAGGGUAGAGUGGCUAAUGAUGUUGAGACAGAACAAAUUGUGUUUGAAGAUGUUCCUGAGGGAUAUCCAGUGCAAAUAAGUUCUGUUGUGCAGCAUCGGGGUUCAAUCCCACUUUUCUGGUCACAAGAAACUUCACGAUUGAAUAUUAAACCUGACAUUAGAUUAUUGAAGAAGGACCAAAAUUAUGAAGCUACAAGGCUUCAUUUUGAAAAUCUUGUAAAGAGAUAUGGAAACCCGAUAAUUAUAUUGAAUUUAAUAAAGACACAUGAAAGGAAGCCUCGAGAAAGUAUACUCCGUUCAGAGUUUGCUAAUGCAAUCAGAUAUUUAAAUAAAGGCCUGCCUGAGGAUAAACGCCUAAAGUUCCUCCACUGGGAUUUGCAUAGAAAUUUUAGAAAAGCUACCAAUGUGUUGUCACUUCUUGGGAAAGUGGCAGCUUAUGCAUUGAACUUGACUGGCAUCUUUUAUUGUCAAGUUACUCCAAAUUUAAGCCCAAUGGGGUUAUAUUCAUCCUACUCGCAGAAAAAUGAUGAUGAAUGCCCUCUCAAAAAUACUUCCAAUGAAAAUGAAUUGGGAAGGGAUUUGGACCUAGGAAUUGGCAACGUGGAUUGUCAAGCAAAUGAAAACCAGAGUAUCAAGGCCCCUAUGUUUCAGAAUGGGGUUCUAAGGACUAAUUGCAUAGACUGUUUAGAUCGCACAAAUGUUGCCCAAUAUGCCUACGGUUUGGUGGCUCUUGGUCGUCAACUGCAUGCCCUUGGAUUUAUAGAGUCACCAAUUAUUGAUUUAGAUAAUCCAUUGGCUGAGGAUUUAAUGGGAAUUUAUGAGACAAUGGGUGACACACUGGCACAGCAAUAUGGUGGCUCUGCUGCACACAAUAAGAUAUUUUCUGAAAGGAGAGGCCAGUGGAAAGCGGCAACUCAGUCCCAAGAAUUCUUUAGAACUCUACAGCGUUAUUACAGCAAUGCAUACAUGGAUGCUGAGAAACAAGAUGCCAUCAACGUAUUCUUAGGCCAUUUCCAGCCACAAGAGGGAAAGCCAGCAUUAUGGGAGUUGGAUUCAGAUCAACAUCACAAGGUUGGAGGGCGUGGUCCUGAUUUAGUUGAUGAGGAUGCUAGGUCAUUCAUCAAAAGAUCACUAUCAGACGGCAAUCUUCUUUGUGAAAGUGACUCGCUUGUAGCAGUUAGCAAGGUGGGACAUAAUAAGCCUUUUUCCAAGGAGCAAGGAGUUAACAAGGGUCUCUCAGAUUCAACCCCAGAGAUCUCCACCUGUGACAGUGACAUAUCAUACUCUAGAUAUAUUCCCUCACUGCCUCCUGGGCAGCUUUUUAAAGAUGUUGGAGAAGAUGAAUACAUGGAAAGUGAUCACAUUUGCUAUGAGGAACACGGGGAUGCAUGUAGCUGCUCGAAUUUUCUUGAUUUGGACUGGCUUUCAUCGUCAGGGAAUUCAUGUGAAGAAGAUCUUUUUGAUAGGUCAACUGCUGGCCUGUCAUCUGAAUAUCUUAUGAAUGAACUGAAAAGCGAAACAUCUGUCAGCGAAUCUGGAUCUAGCGUGAAGGGAAGAAAUCAAACUGCAAACGAACUCUCUUCCGAAGAGCUCAUGGGUGGAUUUUCAGAGCGCUUUCAGCACUGGGUAACGCAUGGAGAGACGCUUUUUGUAUGAUAAGUUAGCCUUGGGCUCGCAAUGAUAGUGUAAUUAUUCAAGUCACACUUUCUUUGAUCCCAUCCGAAGGAUGCGGAUUACAAAACAGAGAAUACACAGCAAGAGAACAUGCUCAAAGAUUAACACAGGCGGAGAAUUUCUUGAGAAGAAUUUGCGGCAUUUGCUCAACUGUCUUACCACCUGAGUUCGGCAGAAUAUGGUUGAGGAAGCACAAGAACAUAGCUAAUUCAUUUGGAGCUCUUAUGUCCUCCAAUCCCUGUAGGAUCUAAGCACUGGAUUAACCUUUGUAAAUGCGUUAUAGAACUCUCACAUUUAUGAAUGGGCCAAUAAUUAACAGCUUCUCAAAGUCGA